CCAAAGUCACCAAAUUCGACUGUAAACACAAAUUAAUCCCUUAUCUCUGAACGUCUGAACCAAGAAGUAUAAAAUUUUAUACUUCUUGCUCUGAACACAAAUAGUUGCACAAAUAAUUAUUGGCACGUUUGUGUUGUUGUUUUUGUUUGAUCAUUUUUCGAAAUAUCAAUUUAUUUGGAAGUGAUUGAAUGAAGUUCAUUUAAAAUGCCUCGAAAUAUUGAAAUCAAAGCCCGAGUGCAUGACUUGGUUGACUUGCUUCGCCGUGCCAAACAGGUUAGCGACAAAGCCGAAGAGAUUUUGAAGCAGGUUGACGUCUUUUUCCCCUCGAAAAACGGCAGGUUGAAGCUUCGUGACGAGGAGGUUGAUGGCAAGCGCGAGGCCUGUUUGAUUUUCUACGACCGUCCUGACACAAAGGGGCCCAAGUUGAGCACCUACUCGAAGUGCCCUUUGGGUUCUUCUGGUCAGCAGUUGCGCGGGGUGUUGGCAGCCGCCCUUGGCGAAAGAUUGGCCGUUCAUAAAACGCGGCAUCUGUUCAUGGUCGCCAACACCAGGAUCCACGUCGAUGAGGUUGACGGCCUCGGAAACUUCAUGGAACUAGAGGUUGGUUUGCUUGAUGAGCAGACCAUCGAGGAUGGAAACAAAAUCGCAAAGGACCUGAUGGCCAAACUUAACAUUUCCGAAACUGAUCUUUUAGACGUUGCGUACGCAGAUAUGCUGGAGAAAUCUUAAUAAAUUUCCAAUAUCGAUACCUUAAAAUAUUCAA